AGUCUCUGAUUAUUUGAUUGUGUUAGUCGACUGAUCGGUAGUGAUUUUCUUGUGUGCAGUUAAAUAAUUACGUUAAAAUGACUGACAAACAAUCUAAACUUGCUGUUUUGCCUAUAUCUAGAGUUCGAACUAUCAUGAGAAGCUCCCCUGAUGUUGGAAGUAUCAGCCCUGAAUCUUGUUUUCUAAUUACAAAGGCCGCGGAAGGCUUCGUUGCUUUUUUAAUUCGGCAGGCUUUAAUGGCCAGCAACAACAAGACUCUGAUUGACUACAAAGAUUUAUCAAAAGUUGUGGGCGAUCAAGAAGUUUUCUCCUUUCUAAAAGAUAUUUUGCCUCCUCGAAUCAAAGCAGCCAAAUAUCUUGAAUUGUUGAAACAAGUUGAAGCGAGUGAAAGACGGGUGAAUGCCGAACUCCAUGAUCUGUGAUUUAACUAUAAUAAAACAAAAACGUACCGCCGGUCUGUAGUGUAUGAAAAAACGCAUUUGUUUUACAUGUUUGAUGAAAUACUUGUGGGUCCUCACUUGUGUAACUGAUCUGGAUUCAGUGGUAUGGAAGAAUCGCCAUAUUUUGUAGGAAAUCUGUGUUAUGAUCCUUUAUCCAAACAAGAAAAUAUUGAUGCACUGACAUUGCUGUUGAAAAUUGUGAAAAGUUGCAUUGGACCUCGCGGCAAACUCAAACUUAUUCGCAACGCUUCUGGAGGCUACACCACAGUGACCUCUACAUCAUCAAGGCUUUUUCAUUCACUCUCUGUGAAGAAUCAUUUCAAUAAGAUGGUACUGUCUUCAGUAAAAUCUCACCUUAGGACAUACAAGGACGGUGGGCUUUUGUGCGCAUUAUUCCCUCUUACACUAAUUCAUCACUCAUCGCUAUGUGAUAUUCCCUCGUUCCUCAAGGCAAAACUGUACGAGUAUUGUGUUGAAACAUACAUCGCUUGCUUGAACUCGGUCGAAAAUCAUUGCGUUUGGAAACUCGAUCCCUCUAAUUUUCAACAUUUGCAAGCUGUCACACGAACGAUAAUAUCCUCCAAACUCGAGUGCUUGCUAUCCAGCUCCCAGAGGGAUCAGUUGUGUGCUCUGUUGCUGGAGUUGUUCUUAAAUAUUUUUCCUUCAAGCCAUUUGAACUUUAGAUUCCUGACUCUGGAAGGACGUAAUAUGAGUGAAUCCCGCAUGUUGAACAUGCUUCUUGUACGAGUUUCCAAAACAGAUUGGAUGUUAUUCCGUCCACCUCAUCGUCAUUUGAAGGUCGCCUUGUUUACUUCUCCCCUGUCUUCUGAUGAACAUGGUUCUUUAAAACAGUUGGAAGGCAAGCUUGUUUCGGCAAAGGUUGACGUCGUCUUUUGCCAAAAAGUUGUUGACCCUAGUGUGAAAAAACAUCUGAAUGAUGAGGGAAUCACAGUGUUUGAUCAACUUGGCACUGAAACUACUACAUUUUUGAAGUAUUUGUUAGAUGACUGUGUCAUUGCUACACUUCACAACGUUGAUGAUUUGUGUUUUAAGAGCAUCAAAUGUUUUAAGGAAGAAAUUGGAAAAAAGCAUUAUAUUCUCCUUCAGAAAGAGGAACACAACUUCUCUAGUAUCAUCCUUUGCCACUCCAAUCAAGAAUUUCUCUCGGAAAUGAAGGUUGUUUGUGAACAAGUUAUUGCUACACUAUUUCGCCUUCUACAAAAUCCAAAAGUAUGCUUUGGGGCUGGCUGUACUGAUAUCUUUACUGCUUUAUUGUUAACCCAAAAAAUCAAAAAGGAAUCAAGAGACAUUGCUGCUAAUUUCCAAUGCACUGAUGAUAAAAUACUGUCUGUUCUGAGUUAUUUUCUUUUAAGCCUCACCUCUACUGCCAUUUCACCUCACCAGGAGUCUCCACUUAUGUUUAAGGUCGACACUAAAUACUGGCAUCUUUGGAAAAUGGAUGAUAAAUCUGACUCUCCCAGCAAGAUUUGCUGUUGUGGUCACUGCAGCAUUUCAGACUCAGAAUCACUUUCUUGGUAUUCCUUGUCAGACUUAAUACAAAUCCCAGACUCUGUAUCAUGUGACAAGCCGUCUUUUGAAGAGAUUCGUAUAAUUGACGAACUGAGUAGCAAAUUGAAUGCCAUUACUGUGGGUGGAGAAGUAGCACUUUCUCUGUUAAAAACUCAUCUCUGUAUAUUUACAGCAACUCAUGCUUUUUCUUGACUGUUUGUCGUGAUCAAUAAAUAUUUUAAGUAUAAAAUCAAAUCUUUGAUGCUCUAUGUUUGACUUGAU